AUGAAAGAGACUGUUCGUGCUUUCUCUUCACCAGGAAAGGCAUUUUUAGCUGGGGGUUAUUUGGUAUUGGACCCUACCUAUAAAGCUUAUGUAGUUGCAGUUUCUGCUCGAAUGCAUGUGAUUGUUACUUCAUCAUUUCAAAAUACUAAAAAUACUGAUACUGUUAAAAUUGUUGUAACAAGUGAACAAUUCAAUGGUGAUACAUGGUCCUAUGUAGUUGAUUAUAACAAUUCAAAAUUUGUUAAAGAGAUUAAUGAGAGGAACAACCCGUUUAUUGAAUCGGUUAUUACCAAUAUUUUUGCAUAUUUUAGUACAGACUUAACGGAAGUUCCUAAUAUUUCAAUUAAGAUAUAUUCUGAUCCUGAAUAUCAUUCUGCAGAAGAAUGUAUUCAAAGGACAAAUGGUAUUCUGACCUUAAAUUAUUUUAAUAAGCCAAUUAAUAAGGUUGCCAAGACAGGUCUCGGAUCUUCAGCAUCUCUCACCACAUCUCUUAUGACUGCUCUAUAUUCAGUAUUGAAAUCAUCCUUCGAUAUCAAUUCAGCAGAUGAUUUAAAAAAAAUUCACAAUUUGGCUCAGGUUGCUCAUUGUCAAGCUCAAGGUAAAAUUGGUAGUGGGUUUGAUAUUGCUGCUGCAACGUUUGGUUCAAUUAUAUAUAGGAGAUUUGACCCUAAACUGAUUAAAAAUUUACCAAAUCUACAAACUAAUUUGAAGCCAUAUAGCUCCAGUUUAAGAAUUCUAGUAAAUGAAGUUAAUUGGAAUACAAUUUCUGAAAGAAUAAAACUUCCAGAUAGACUAAGAUUGGUAAUGGGUGAUGUUAAUUCUGGUUCAGAAACGCCGAAGCUAGUAUCAACAGUUCAAAAAUGGUACUCUGAUAAUGAAGCUGAUGGAUUUAAAGUCUAUCAAAAUAUUAAUAAGGGUAAUAUGGAAUUUGUCCAAAGUUUAUCUAAUUUAAAUGAAAUUUCCGUUAAUAACCCCGACUUAUACAAACAAAUUAUUGAUGAAGUUUCCACAGAUCACUCAGCUAUUGAAAAAUAUACAGAUAUAAGAAAUAUUAAAGACUCAAUCCUAACUGUUCGCAAAAAUUUUAGGUAUAUUACCAAGCAGUCAGGUGCAGAAAUCGAACCACAAAUUCAGACAGAACUUCUAGAUAAUUGUAAUAAGUUAAAUGGCGUUUUAACAUGUAUGAUCCCUGGUGCAGGUGGUUUUGACGCAAUUGCAGUUAUUACAACUACUGGCACUAACUUAACUAAACUAACCCAAGGUAAGGAGGAGUUUAAAAACGUUAAAUGGUUAAAUUUAAGACAAGCAAAUUAUGGUCUUCAGGAAGAAGACCCAACUAUGUACGAUAAUAUGUUAUGA